AUGACCCCUCUGAUCAAACUGACCCGUGGGAAGACUACUGGGCAUAUGAGCACAGCCUACCUGACCACCCACAUGCUGGCCCUAGAUGAAAAGAAGAAAAACAAGACCUGUCCCAUGAGGGGCAGGGACAGCUGCAUUUCUAGCAGCGGGCCACUAGGAAGCUUGCCGGCGCCUCGCAUUCUCCUCCUUCUCCCUCCCCAGCCAGAGCCCGAGUCGGAGCUAGAGCUGGAGGAGGUUCCCGGGACUGCACCCCCCUUCCCGAGCGCCGCGUCCCAGCACAGCCAGCCCAUCCCGCCCGUGGCUUUCUGGGGCCACGAGCGGCGAGACUCGCACACCAUCCAGGCGCCAGGGAAGAGAGUGGAGAAGCGCCCCUCGCUUAUCUUGGGGCUCAGCUCAGGUAUCACUCGCUCCAGUAAGCCUUUAUGGAUUCCCUCUAGGUGGAAAACAUUAUCACUUUCGAGCUCAACAUGUCACAGCAGUCAGGCUGACCAGCAAGACCUCGUUGGACAGCACGCCCUCCCCCCAUCGCCUCAUCCUUGGGCCUGGAUGACCCUAAACCUCGAGGACAGCUCCCUGAGGGCCAUUUCACAGCAUGACCACUUAGCCUCCUGACUGGGAGGCCCCGCCACCCCCCCUGCCCUGUUCUUACCU